UUUACACACAGGUGGCAGCAGUUUCUUAUUUGAUUCCUCCCGUUGUAAGGCCUGAUACAAUUAUACAGACUCAAAUCAUCUUCAGUAUGCCUGCCCUUCGAUGAUCGCAUCCCUGAUGGUCUCUGUGCAACCCCCCAGCUCUUAUGACACCCCCACGUCUCUGGCCACGAACUCUCCUCUUCACUCCCUCCUCAGUCUCGUACGGAUGAAGCAAUGGCCUUCCAAAGCACCCCGGUCCUUGACCGGUUUAUCACCGGACUCGCAGAUCUAAUCAGGAACCGCGAUGGCGCCAAACUCCAAGAUUUCUUGCAGAUCGAACCUCCGCUGCCCGAUGUAUACCGACAGAUGGUAGACGAGCUGCGACAACACUACCCUAGUGGAUCUCCAAAGGAAGCAGAGCUGCUGCGGCGGUGCGAAGGACUAGUACCACGCUCGAAAGGUAGCAGCUCAUGGACUGCCUUUCCAACAUUUAUGAAGCUCUAUUUUACCUUUCUGCGGGAUGUGAAUGUGGAAAAUCUUUUAGAGACGUACAACUUGCUGAAGGGACUACUGAACCAAUGCGUUUUGGCCUUGGGUGAUAGCCAAUUCGGUAUUGUUGUCCUACCGACCGUGCUUUAUCUCUCAAAGGUUUUGGCUAAGUUGGCUAUGGGCCUUGACCGUCGGCCCGAACUUGUCGCUCAUCUGUUAAGAGUUGAAGGCGGCGCUGACCAAGAUGAAAGCACCGAGAAAGUUACGCUGGUGGAAAAAUCCGCCAAUGUGGUACGAGAAGCAUUCAUCAAGUGCCUUACUGAUCGCAGCGGCACACCGGGUGUCCAUGGGAAACCUGAGGGCAAAAGGGUCGGGAUUUACCUUAUGGCCAACUUGUGUCUAAAAUUACUUUUCCAGUGUGGUAAACUUCGAAAUGCGGAACAGAUGUUUGCCAGUAUUACGGCUCAAUCUCCACCCUUGAAAUAUUUCCCUGCUUCCCAGAGGGUGACGUACCUAUACUACCUCGGGCGUUACCUUUUCUCCAACAACCUGUUUUUCCCAGCCCAGAUCGCUCUACAGGCUGCUUAUGAUCAGUGUCAUCACCAAGCGAUAAACCAAAAACGGGUUAUUCUCACCUACCUUAUUUCUUGCAACAUCAUUCUGGGGCGCUUCCCAUCGAUGAGCUUACUGCAAUUGCCGGAAUCACAAGGCCUCGCCGAUAAAUUCAUUCCAUUGUGUCGAUUAAUCGUCCGGGGAGAUUACAUCGCCUUUCGCGAGCACCUGUCAGUAAAUUCACCUUCUACCGAGUGGUUUGCGCGGAAAGGUGUCCUUCUCGCCCUGCGCAACAGAUGUGAGAUCCUUGUCUGGCGGUCCCUUGCGCGCAAGGUUUUUGUUCAUGCUGGGUUUCAUGGAGACACGACAGGCCAGGCUCAAAGGGGUCCACCUCCGUUCCUGUAUUUGACUAAACUUGAGACUGCUGUAAAAUGGCUCCGCUCACAACACUUGCAAUCAGCCCAUACAUCCUCUCUCAGCCCGUCGCAGGAUAUCCACCAAAUUGGAUCCCAGAUUUUGUCCGUAGCGCCAGAUCCAGACUUCACUUUACCCACUGAUAUGAGUGCGAACAACGCUCCGGACCCAGCGAUUUUAUCAAAAUACGAAGACUACCUGUGCCCCGAGAGCUAUUUCGACGCAUCGGGACAACUACAACAAAACCCAACGAAGAGCUUAGUUGAUGGAAACCCCGGGACAGACUACAACGAGUACGAGUUGGAUCCAUAUGCCCAUCGAAUCAACGAGAAUUCCGACCAAAAGGAUGGAAAACCCACGCAGUUGAUGCGUGAGAUUGAAUCUAUUCUGGCCUCUCUGCUCACACAAGGACUCAUGCGUGGAUAUCUCACGCAUCGGAAUCCCCGUCUUGCUAUUCCUGGUGCUCGACUACGCGGAGCCUUGCCUACAGGGUUCCCUAAUGUUUGGCAGACUAUUAUUGCCCGGGAGGCAGAGGAUACAAGUGUUCCUGGUUGGGUUCAGCCGCCACCAACGAUAGCGGCGCCGGCUUUGGCGGCGGCGGGAGGAGGAGGUAGGGUCGUGAACCUUUCUGGUGCAAGACCGGUUGGGGUUCAGUGAUUAUUCGGCUUUGUUUGAAACCACAAAGAUAUAUGCCAUUGAAUUAAUUACGAGACAGUACCUUUACUUCCAUGACUAGAACGACCUGCCUAUACAGCUCAGAGAAGCUCCCUCUAUAUCUCUACCAAAUUUAAGACAAUGACGUAUGAACUUAGUCCUGUAUCAUGACUUGUUCCCAUUCCAAAAUAGGUGUAUAUAGAUGAAACUAUACGGUGUUACUAUACUAUAUUAUCCUUCACC